CGUUCAGUCCGCCGCGUACACGCGCCGCCGUCGCGACAACAGCAACAUUUAACGCGAUUUCGAGAAUUUAAUCCAAAAUCAUUGUUUUCCAUAGUACUUUACGGAGUGCGAGCACGCGCGUUUACCGCUGAGGCCCGAGUGUCCGAGUUCGCGUGAAGUAUUGUACCGUUUUCGACGUUUCAACCUGUUGCUGUACGGUUCCCGUGCCCACGAAUAUAAUAUAUUAUUAUAGUACAUUAAUACAUUAUAAUAUACCGACGAUAUUGUUUAUAAGCACACCGGUGCCGCGCCAUGCCCGCUUACCCCGUACAACACGUGCCGAUCGUCAAGUCCAAGAGACCCGAAAACUCGGGGUUUUACAAUGACUUCCGUCCGCCGUCUCUCUACUCCGUUUUGUACCCCUCGCCAAAUUCUUUCGGUAUGUUCAAACCGCACGGGUUAUACAAACCUCUGGAUAGACUAAUGAGAUACGAAGGAACCGGAGAUGGUGUACCUAGAUACCACCCAAGUUUAUCUAUUUUCAAGAUUGGUGAACGGGGUUCUGGUUUUCGACCGAGAGCCGGAGAUGUCCAGGACUUUGAAGUACUUCGUGACCAAUGUUUACAACGUGGAGCACUUUUCGAAGAUCCGGAUUUUGAUACAGUCGACUCUUCGAUAUUUUAUAGCAAAUCGCCAGAUAAACGGUUUGAAUGGCGAAGACCAAGCGAUAUCGCGAGUAAUCCUCAAUUAUUUAUUGAAGGCGCUUCAAGAUUCGAUGUACAGCAAGGAGAAUUGGGUGAUUGCUGGUUGUUAGCUGCCGUAGCCAAUUUGACUUUGAACGAAAAACUCUUUUAUCAAGUAGUGCCAAAUGAUCAAGGAUUUGAUAAUAAAUACGCCGGUAUAUUUCACUUUAGAUUUUGGCAGUACGGCAGAUGGGUUGACGUGGUUGUUGACGAUCGUUUACCGACUUAUCAUGGAAAAUUAAUAUUUCUUCAUUCGGCGACCGAAAAUGAAUUCUGGAGUGCUCUAUUGGAGAAAGCCUAUGCCAAAAUCCACGGAUCAUACGAAGCAUUAAAAGGAGGUAGUACGUGUGAGGCUAUGGAGGAUUUCACUGGUGGUGUAUCAGAAAUGUAUGAAUUAAGUGAAGUUCCAGCAAAUUUAUUCACAAUCAUGCUGAAAGCUUUUCAACGACAAUCACUUAUGGGAUGUUCUAUUGAGGCUGACCCAAGCGUUACUGAGAUGGAAACACCACAAGGAUUGGUUAAAGGUCAUGCGUACAGUAUAACCAGGGUAACAUAUGUAGACAUUACAACUCCAAAUACAACUGGUAAAAUACCUCUACUUAGACUUCGAAAUCCAUGGGGUAACGAAGCAGAAUGGAAUGGUCCGUGGAGUGAUAAAUCAGCUGAGUGGAGGUUUAUAUCUGAGUCUGACAAACAAUCAUUAGGUUUGAUAUUUGAUGCUGAUGGUGAGUUUUGGAUGUCAUAUAAAGAUUUUGUCAAAUAUUUCUCUCGGUUGGAAAUUUGCAAUUUAAAUCCCGAUCUGCUAACCAAAGAACAACUUGGUACAGACCACAACAAAAGAUGGGAAAUGAGUGUAUUUGAAGGCGAAUGGGUCCGAGGUGCUACUGCUGGUGGAUGUCGUAAUUUCCUAGAAACAUUUGCAAGUAAUCCACAGUAUCGUAUCACAUUAGAAGAUCCUGAUGACGAGGACGAUGAGCGCAAAUGUACAGUAAUUAUUGCUUUGAUGCAAAAAAAUAGACGUGCUCAACGAAAGAUAGGCGCUGAAUGUUUAACAAUUGGAUUUGCUGUAUAUCAGCUCAUCAACCCAGACUCUUUGCCGAAACCACUCGAUACAAAUUUCUUUAAGUAUAAUGCGUCUACAGCAAGAAGUCCCACUUUUAUUAACUUACGAGAAAUCAGUAGUCGAUUCAGUCUACCGCCGGGUACAUAUUGUAUUGUGCCUUCUACAUUCGACCCGAAUGAACAAGGUGAAUUUUUACUUCGAGUAUUCUCAGAACAUGAAAAUAACAUGGCGGAGCUUGAUGAUGAAGUAGGAAUGGGCGAAAUCGAUGUGAAGAUUAAAGAACAGGAGCCUGAGCCAGAUAAAGUUGAUAAGGCUAAUGAGAAAAUUAAAGAAUUCUUCCUUAAAUUGGCUGGUGUUGACCAAGAAGUUGAUUGGAUGGAACUUAAAGAUAUUUUGGAUUAUGCUAUGAGAAAUGAUGUGGCAAGUAAUACAAAUGCUGAAGAUAAUAUCCUUAUCAGUUUACUUCAGACAUUCUGUGAGUCUUUCUGUCAGGGAUCGCCUUUAGCAUCUACAUUCAAAAUGGAAAAAGCUGGAUUUUCUAAAGAUGUAUGCCGUAGCAUGAUUGCUAUGAUGGAUUGGGAUCGAUCAGGUAAACUUGGUUUUGAAGAAUUCAAAAGUCUGUGGAUUGAUAUCAGGCAGUGGAAGACUGUCUUUAAAAUGUACGAUAAAGAGAGCAAGGGUUACAUAAAUGGAUUUGAACUAAGACAAGCAUUGAAUUCAGUUGGUUACCAUCUGAAUACACACAUUCUUAAUAUUAUGUGUCAUCGGUAUGCAACAAAAGAUGGAAAUAUAAUGUUUGACGAUUUUAUUAUGUGCGCUGUAAGACUUAAAACCAUGAUAGAUAUGUUCAAAGAACGCGAUCCUGACAACAAAAAUGUUGCCUCAUUUACAAUGGAAGAAUGGGUGGAAAAGACAUUGUAUUCAUAGAUUUAAGUGUCAUUAAGUAUUAUUUUUUUUUUUAUGAUUAUGAUUUUUUUUUUUAAAUGGUUUUUUAUUUUGGAAAUGGGUUAUUCAAUUUGCAUAUAAUGUUAACUUUUUAUAUAUAUCCUAUAUAUAUAUUACAGCAUAUUAUGCAUAAAUACAUAACCAUGACUACUUAGGAGCUAUUUAAAAAACUGUUUUGAAAUUUUCUCAGUUCAAAAUAUAUUCAUAUGCAGCUUCUCUUAAAAUAUAUAUUUUGAGGUCUGUUCUUAUUGGUGCUUCCUAAACUAUGAUAUUUAUUUAUUAAGAUAUAAGAUUAUCGACCUGUUUAUUUAAAUUAAUUAACAGGGUCAACCUGGAAAUUACUUAUAUUUCCAUUUAUCAUAAGUACAAACAUAUUUUAACAAUGUUAAUUAUUUUUAUUAAGAUUUAUUGCAAAAAAUAAAAUACAAUAAAAACAGUUCAGAUUUAUAAAUUAUUAUAUUUUGUCUAUUGAUUGAUAAUUGUAAAUUUAUUAGCUUAUGAAGCUUUGUUAGUCUUAUGGUAGUUACUUUUAAUAGCUUUCUAACAUUGAGAGAAAAUAUAUUCAAUUAAUAUUUUUAUUUAUUGUCAAUGCCACAUGAUUAUAACAGUUAAUUUAAUUAAAAUUGUUUAACUCAACUUCUAAGAGUUAUAUCCUAAUAAACAAAAUUGUUUUUCUGUUUCAUAAUAUUACAUAUAUUAUUAUAAGUAUUUAGGUUUAAAUAAUUAUUUUAUCUAAAUGUUGUUUAACAUCUAGUUAUUAAUUAAUAAAAAAUAAUCUUUUUAUAAACUAACAUUUAAUUUUUUUACAUUUUUAAAUUUAUAAAAUACUAUUUUUUUUAUUUUUUUUUCAGAUAUACUUAAUAUAUAUUUUAUUGGAAGCAAUAGAUAUUUUUAAAUUUUGUAAUAACAAGUUUUGAGUUGUAUUAUUGCAUGCUUAUAAUAUAUUUUUUUUAUUAUUAUUAAAUUGUUAUAAAAUAUUUUAAUCAUUAA